GCAUGCUGGGUAGGUCUCGUUCUCUUUGAAUCUUCGUCCAUCUUGAUUCAAGUUCAGAACCAGGAAAAUCCUUYAACAAAAAUGGGAUUUGGCGAUCUAAAAACUCCUGCUGGCCUUCAAGCGCUUAACUCAUACCUACAAGAUAAAAGCUACAUAGAAGGUUAUGUUCCAUCUCAAGCUGAUGCUGUAGUAUUUGAUUCACUGAGUGGAUCUCCUAAUGAAAGUUUACCCCAUGCAUUAAGAUGGUACAAUCAUAUUGCAUCAUAUGGGUCUGAAAAGGCUACCUUUCCUGGUGACAAGAAGGCAGCUGAAAAACACAUAGGAUCAGCAACUAGUACCACAGAUGGCGGCAGUAAARAAACUGAUGAUGAUGAUGACGAUGAAGUAGAUCUCUUUGGAUCUUCAAGUGAGGAAGAAGAUGAAGAAGCAGAAAGAAUCAAAAAAGAAAGACUACAAGCUUAUCAUGCUAAAAAGUCUAAAAAACCAGCAGUAAUUGCCAAAUCAAUGAUAAUUCUUGAUGUCAAACCAUGGGAUGAUGAAACAGACUUGGCUGAAAUAGAAAAGUGUGUCCGUAGCAUCAGUCAUGAUGGUCUCCUGUGGGGCACUAGUAAACUAGUUCCUCUGGCGUAUGGCAUCAAGAAACUUCAAAUCGCUUGUGUCGUGGAAGAUGACAAAGUUGGUACAGACUUUUUAGAGGAAAGCAUAACUGGUUUUGAGGAUUUGGUUCAGUCUGUUGACAUAGCGGCCUUCAACAAACUCUAGAAAUAGUUUUAGAACCAAUAACCACCAUAAAUAUCAAUAAAUUUGUCUGAAAAUGC